CCUUGGGAUAAUGUCCAUACAUCACAUGAGCAUUACAAUAUAUCACAAGAGCCUUCUAAUUCACUAUUUUUCGCCAUGCCCCAGUCUUUGAAUUGAUCUCAAUAGAAGAUGGAACCCAGUUUAUAUAUAUACCAAUUCCCUCUAGGUUUGUCCAUGGAACCCAUCCCUAGCAGCAUAUUUAUCCCCCGACUCGAGCGACUCUCAUUAAGAAAGGUUCUAUGAAUUCUUGUUGAACACACAAUUUACUUUAAGGCAACGAAAAUGACGUUGAGAAUUCAAGUUUACAAGUCAUAUUUGCCCAGAGCGUUCUUAUUAAGUCAAUCAGUUACUUGCAAAUCAUCUUAUACCAAUUUCCGUCGUCCAUUGAAACCCAUCCCACCGUGUAGAGCAUUUGCAACCAUGGUUAAGGCCAUUAGAGUACACCAGCUAGGAGGCCCUGAGGUACUUAAGUGGGAGGAUGUGGAAGUCGGAGAACCUGGUGAGGGUGAAAUACGUGUUAAACAUAAAGCUAUUGGUGUGAAUUUUAUUGAUGUAUACUACCGGAAAGGCGUGUACAAAACUGAGCUACCUUUCACACUUGGAAGGGAAGCAGUGGGAGUGGUAACUGCUGUAGGACCAGGAUUGACAGGAAGACAGUUGGGCGAUUUAGUUGGCUAUGCAGGGAAUCCUAUGGGUUCGUACUCUGAAGAACAGAUUCUUUCUGCAAGUGUCGUUGUGCCAGUGCCAUCUAACAUUGAUCCUAUCUUGGGUGCUGCAAUUUUGCUGAAGGGUAUGACUGCUCAGUUUCUUGUUCGGCGUUGCUUUAAGGUGGAACCUGGGCAUACAAUUCUUGUUCAUGCUGCUGCUGGAGGGGUAGGAUCCUUGUUAUGUCAAUGGGCUAAUGCCCUUGGUGCAACUAUCAUUGGCACAGUAUCUACCAAAGAGAAGGCUUCACAGGCAAUUGAAGAUGGAUGCCAUCAUGCCAUCAUCUACACCCAGGAAAAUUUUGUAGAUCGUGUCAAAGAAAUUACAAAGGGACAGGGUGUGCAGGUUGUUUAUGAUUCAGUGGGCAAGGACACAUUCCAGGGGUCUUUAGAGUGCUUGGCUUCCAGAGGUUACAUGGUAAGCUUUGGCCAGUCAUCAGGUGUCAUUGAUCCUGUUCCUUUGUCAGCCCUUGCCCAAAAAUCUUUGUUUUUGACUCGGCCUUCAAUGAUGCAUUACACUGCAACUCGGGAAGAGCUCCUGGAAACAGCAGGAGAAUUAUUUGCCAAUGUUGCCUCCGGUGUUCUAAAAGUACGUGUGACUAAGACAUACCCACUGUCAGAAGCUGCAAAGGCUCAUGCUGACCUCGAGGCUAGGAAGACAAGCGGCUCAAUAAUUUUGAUUCCUGAUAAUAGCUGAUGUGCAAAAAUAUAUGCAACUGCGUGUCACUCUAUGUGAGGGCGUAUUUGUUAAUUGAGCAUGGCUUUUGUAAAUAAGAUUUGCAGUAAAUAAGCUCAAGUGUGAAGAAGUUUACUAGUUUGAAUUCCUGGUAAUUUAGACCCAGAAUCAUUCAUUCAUGCUCGACAUCUGUCUUAGCAUGGUUGGAUUAUAACUGCUAGUGUACUGAUCUAUAUUUUGUACGCUCAUGUUUACUAAUUAAAGCUUUUUACUUGAAAAAAUUA